AUGGUGCGUCAGCUGUGUGUAAGGGCACUGAGUCGGGGUGUUAGGAGUAUGGAGUAUGUAGACAGUCUCCUGAUCAUGGAGGAUGAUGAUGAUGAUGAUGAUGACAGUGGUGAGAAUAAUUUUGAACAGGAAAGUGAGGAAACUACACCUACAGGCAGUGGAGGUUCACAGCCUCCACUCGGGGAACCGGCACCAGAAUGGUGCAAAUGCAGACACUGUCAACCCAUGGCUCAAGAAAUUGAAAACAAAUGCUGUGGACUAAGAAAAUGUAUCACAACAAGUAGACGUUUUGAAAAAGUGUGUCUGGAUCCGGAAGUACUCGAACUGUGUAUAAGAAAUAGGGCAGAUAUCAGGAAUGACCGUGAAGAUACGAGUACAUCUUCUUUCCGCAAAGCUGCGUACAGACAAUUUAUAUUGGAAAAGUAUGGUCGUCUAGGAAAAGGAAAUCGCAAGGUUGCCCCAGCUUGUGUAGUGACCCAAGUUAGAAGACAAUGUCCUUCACCAACUGGGAUAUAUAUGGGGUUCAGACUAGAAUAA